GGAGAGGAGGGAGGAAGAGAAAAGGCGAGGAGGCAAGGGGCGGGGGGCGGGAGGCUUGCCACCUUCAGCCCCCCCCGCGAGCGCCCAAGGUGCGCACGUCCUGACCGACUCAGCAGGAAGGUGGAUUUUCUUUGUGUUUAAAGAAAAAAAAAAAAUGUCCCCGUGUCUGUAGAGAUGAUUUGCAGUUCAGCCCGGCUGAAGCUGACCGAAUGAGACUAUGGGCUGUGCCUCCGCCAAGCAUGUUGCCACUGUUCAAAAUGAAGAGGAAGCCCAGAAAGGGAAGAACUACCAGAACGGAGAUGUGUUUGGCGACGAGUAUAGGAUCAAACCGGUGGAAGAGGUCAAAUACAUGAAAAAUGGGGCAGAAGAGGAGCAGAAAAUAGCAGCCAGGAACCAAGAAAACUUGGAAAAAAGUGCCAGUUCAAAUGUACGACUUAAAACUAAUAAAGAGAUUCCAGGAUUAGUUCAUCAACCCAGAGCAAACAUGCACAUCUCUGAAAGCCAACAAGAAUUCUUCAGAAUGCUGGAUGAAAAAAUUGAAAAGGGUCGAGAUUACUGUUCGGAAGAAGAGGAUAUCACAUAGCACCAAUUCGACCACUCAAACCAGGAGCUACUACUGUGUAAAUAAGUUACACCCCAGUUGAAAUCUUUGCAAAGGUCGGUUCUCUUCAACGAACAGCACUAUAGCAAACGAAGAUCGUUCCAUAUCGUAUGCCCCAUUAAAUUACAGUGUUUCUUAAUGAACUUGCAAAGGAAUAUUGCUAAAAACAAACAAACAAACAAACAAACAGAAAACCGUUCUCGAACUUUCUUUGUUGCUGCUAGUUAAAACUUGUUGCAACUUUUCACUUCUCUUGUGUCCAGGUAUGCAGCAAAAUUCUGCAAUUUCACCUUAAAGAUACUGUUGGUUUUACAGAUGCUCUCCAACCUAUUUUCUAUAAGAUGAGGUAGUGGUGAACUCAGAUAUCAAACUCCUGUUGUAGAACUGUUCCGCUUCUAAGACAAGCGUCUCCUUCCCUCUCUCCUCCCUCCCUCCCUGUCUCUCCCGAGCGGUCCAGAGCCUUGCUUCUCACUGGCAGUGUUGCGCUUUGGAGAUGGGAUGGUUGCUAUGGCAAGCUUUGUUUCUCUGCUAAGAAGAAGUAGAGAAGCUCUUAUCCAUUAAAAGCAUGUUGUGACGUGACUCCCGGAGUGACGUGGGAGUGAGCAGCAGGUGUCAUUGACUAGGGAUCUUAAUCAAGGAUUAAGCUUGCAACACUGGCUUUGCUCAGAUGCAGACGGAAGUGUGAUCACAAUCAUUUUGAAUCCCUCUUCCCCACUUUUUUUUCUAAGAAAAUAAACAUUUUACUGUUUUUAUGUAUCCUUGUCUUCUCCCAUUCAUCCAGUUCAGUGUUUCACGAUGAUCCCGGGCGCAGAUGAGCCCUCCUUUGCAGUGACACUGAUAAUUGACCUUCGUGGCUCCCUGCCCUCCCAUCCGUCACCCACCACCCAUUAGCAGGCUGUCAGUGGUCAGAAGAGAUGAGGGGACACCCCUCGACUUUUUAGGAGGGCCUGAAACCACCCUGUUACCUUUCAUUUCGUUAGCAAAUAAGCCAUCCUCCGUCCUCACUCUCUCCCUUCAGAAUGUUCCAUGAACCUUGCCACUUCCUCCUCCUCUUACCUGCAGCACUGGCUAGGACAGUGCAAAGCGUCUGCCUACUGGAAAUGUAGCACGUUGACACUGGUGAUGGUAUUUGGAGAUGCAGAAGCCAAAGCCCCAGGGCAGUGGUGGGGGAAUGUUGACUGUGGGUUUGGUAGAGUUUAUUUUUCCAUAUUAUAUGAAGAGAAUGAUCUCUUCUCGAAGACAGAAGUAAUAUUUUUAACAAAUGUUGUCACAAGUAAAUAGCAAUCAAAAAGGAGAAAAUAACUUUUGUAUUUUUUUAACGCGUUUGAUAGCUUUGAUGAGGGUUCUCUUUGUUACUGUCAGGGAAGGGCACCCUAUUAAAUGCUAUGCUAGGUUUGGGUUUGUCCCACAGAAACACAGAAGGAGCACUGGGUGUAUCUCUCUCGUGGGGUUUAUCAGCCGCACUGCCACCCUCCCAAGGUGGGUAGUUAUUUGUCCUGGGUAGCCAAGCAGCACCUGCCACGGAACAGAAUCAGAAGCUGAAUUUGCACUUGCUGAGGAGAUGAGCCUUGACUUUACAAUCCAUCCAUGUGCUAAUGGUGCGAGUCCUUAUCUCCGUUUAGACCGAGGGGCACAACAGUGAGGGAGAGGAAACUCAGUCAAGUGCUACAGAAAAUGGACUCAAAUGUUAGCAACAAAAGCCCUUAAUUCUUUCAGCCGACAGCAGCUAUUUUGGGGAGCAGCUGUGGUUGUUACAUAAAUAGAGAUGCAGCCAAAAUUUAAGGCUUUUUAUCCUGCUUCAAGCAGAAAAAUGCAGAGAGAGUCAAGUCGCCUAGGGUUCUAAGUUCCCUCCCUUUGUACGGUUUUGGCCAAGUGACUAAAAUAGUUUUCCUCCACCGUAAAUGAGCUGCUGAGCCCCACCUGAAACCUGUCCAUUCGGGACUUGGCCUACUGUUAGAUGAUUUCCUAUUCUUACCAGGCAACAAUGAUGCUGACACGAAGCAUCUUCCCUGUGACUCCUCUGUUUGGUGUCUCAGAGAGUGUCUUCCCAGAAAAUCACCGCCUUCUACCCAAAGAUAAAACAUGCUCGUAUCGUUUUUUUCCAGUCAUUUUUAACAUUUGACAUCAGACACAUGUACACAGAACUAAGUGUGUCCUGGGAAUUUGACUUCUGAGUGUUUCAUUAAACUAGAAGCCGGUUCCCAUGAACCAGGGCCUCUUCACCUGGA